UCUGUGACCCGGAAGUACGCAAGCAUCACCGGCAAGCGUGUAGUUCCUCUUCCGGCCUGUGAGCCUAGGCUGCGAGCGUGGAUUCUUGUCUGUGCUCUUAAAAUACUUAAUAAAAUGAGUGUCCCGGCGUUUAUUGAUAUAACGGAGGAGGAUCAGGCGUCAGAGCUCCGGGCCUAUCUGAAAUCUAAAGGAGCUGAGAUCUCGGAGGAGAAUUCAGAAGGAGGUCUGCACGUGGAUCUGGCGCAGAUCAUCGAAGCCUGUGACGUCUGCCUCAAAGACGAUGACAAAGAUGUGGAGAGUGUGAUGAACAGCAUCGUCUCGCUGUUGCUGAUCCUGGAGACGGAGAAACAGGAAGCUCUCAUUGACAGUCUAUGUGAGAAGCUGGUGAAGUUUCGUGAGGGUGAACGGCCUUCGCUCCGGAUGCAGCUCUUGAGCAAUCUGUUCCAUGGUAUGGAUGAGAACACACCGGUGAGACACACUGUGUACUGCAGUCUGAUUAAAGUGGCGGCCACCUGCAAUGCCAUUUCGUUCAUACCUACAGACCUGGACCAGGUGCGCAAGUGGAUCACAGACUGGAAUCUAGAUACAGAGAAGAAACACACUUUGCUCCGUCUGGUGUAUGAAGCGUUGGUCGACUGUAAGAAGAGUGAAGCUGCAGCCAAAGUGAUGGUUGAGUUACUGGGCAGUUACACAGAGGACAAUGCUUCACAAGCCCGAGUGGAUGCGCACAGGUGCAUCGUCCGUGCCCUGAAAGACCCAAACAGCUAUCUGUUCGACCAUCUCCUGGCUUUGAAACCAGUGCGUUUCCUGGAGGGAGAACUCAUCCACGAUCUCCUGACUAUCUUUGUCAGUGCAAAGCUUGUAGCUUAUGUCAAGUUUUACCAGAGCAACAAAGACUUCAUUGAGUCUCUCGGUUUGUCUCAUGAACAGAACAUGGCAAAAAUGCGGCUGUUGACGUUCAUGGGCAUGGCAGUAGAGAUGAAGGAGAUCUCGUUCGACACCAUGCAGCAGGAGCUGCAGAUCGGUGCUGAAGAUGUGGAGGCCUUCGUCAUUGACGCUGUUCGGACCAAAAUGGUUUAUUGCAAGAUCGACCAGACACAGCGGAAGGUUGUAGUGAGCCACAGCACACACCGCACUUUUGGCAAGCAGCAGUGGCAGCAGCUGCAUGACACACUGUGCUCCUGGAAACAGAAUCUGGCUACCGUGAAGAGCAGCCUUCAGACGCUCUCUCCCUCUGCCUGACACAGCUGCUUCUGUUUUUAUACACAUCCAAUAAAACAGCCAUGAAGACCAUGUUUCUGCUCCACUGUCAGUGCUGUAUAAAGGAGAAUACACAGUCAGACGGUAGACACGUUAAUAGUUGCAUGACCUAUAAGUUAGCUUCAACACAUUUUCAGCACAGUUGAUUUUGACGCUGAACACUUUGAGGAUGAGAUUAAUUGUGUGAGAAAUGUUUCAAUGAAAUGCAAAACUUCCCUCUUCCUUCCCCUCUCCAUUUGCACUCACUAUCCCAGGUGAACAGUUCAUGCCCAAACGAUGUGUUGUGUGAGAUUAACCAGUUCUGUCUCCUUUUCUCUGUCCACUGUGUCCGAUUUAUCAUGAUCUGAUACAGAGUGCAUCAUGUUUCUGCUCUGAGAGAAGUCGUAGCUGUUUCUGAUCUCUCUGGUUAUACGGUGGCCCCACAAGUAUUCAAGAACUUAAGACACACUUAAAAAUGAAUUUCAUUGCUUUAGUGGAUGUAUGAAGUCAGUUCACACAGCUGUAGUAGUUCAUUACAUUAACUUAACAUGGUCCACUAUUAUUAUAUACAAUAAAGAGGGAAAACAAUGUG